AUGUUUUUCGUAAACAAAGAUUCACCUAUAUUACUCAAAAAGUCUCUAAGAAAUAAAACGAAAUGUAGAAAAAAUAGAGGAUUUCAUGAUUCCUUGAAAUAUCUUCUGUUCACUUCCCAAUUUUUUGCCCUUUUUCCACUAAAUGGCGUAUUGGAGUCAAACUACAGAAAAAUGUACUUUUCUUGGUUCACUAUAAGAACAUUGUACGCUCUUAUAGUUUCCUGGGCUGCAAUUCUGGAAGGUAUUUGGUGUGCAUACUUCCUGGCACAAACAAAUGAUCCUUUUGAGAUAUAUGAAUUGAAUGUGGUCAUGUUUUACUCCAGAGGAACACUAACCUGCCUGGCAUUCUUGAAACUAGCUAAAAACUGGCCAGCUCUAAUGGAAGAAUUCGACAAUAUUGAGAAUAUGUUAAGGUCCUAUCCACCCUCUAAGUUUCUACAUACAAAAUUAAGGAUAAUAACCUUCGCAAUAUUUUUUGCUGCUGCAGUACAAGUUUUGAACAUGUUUAUUACCUUUGGAUGGACUUUUAUAGAUGUUUUCAUAGUAUACGCCAGUAUAAAUUUUUCAGAGAAAAUAGUUCAGUUGAAUAAACAGAUUAGUUUAACUGUCGAAAAACAGGUUGAAUCCCCCGUAGUCUGGAGAUCGCUCAGAGAAAAUUAUACAAGACUGCUUCAUCUUUUCGCAAAUUUCAACGAUAAAUUGGAUAAUAUCAUACUGGUAUCUUUCGCAUCUAAUAUUUUUUUUCUCCUGACCCAGCUCUUCGCCUGGAUGAGAUUGAAUGCGACCGAUGAGAUCGCCCUUCAACACAUCUAUUUCCUAUUUUCAAUUUUCCUUUUGAUUAUUCGCACUUCAUUUGUAUGUUUUUAUGGUGCAAGCAUUCAGGAGGAAUCUCAAAACUUGAUAAACAAUCUAGUGACCACACCAUCCAAUCUCUACAAUGAGGAGGUGGAAAGGUUCAUUGUUCAAGUCAGUACUUCCCCAAUGAUUUUGUCCGGGAGUAAAUAUUUUCGUAUAACAAGGAGUCUUAUAUUGAAGAUUGCUGGUUCCAUCGUUACUUAUGAGUUGGUCAUGAUACAAUUCUCUGAGAAUAUCUCUAAAAAAGGGGGAGGAUCACCUUGUUGAUUGAUGCUGAGGAAAGUUUUCUGUAUGAAUCUGUG